ACUAACUCCCAGUACGUGCGCCCUUGCAUAAAUACCCCCAUGCAUAAAUGAUGUAAAUUAAAAAAAAAACUAAAUAAAAAGGCCAAGCAUGGUUCACACCAAGAAUCUGAGGCAGGGAGGAUCAGCAUGGAUUACUGGCUGUGCUGUUGUGGCGUUGCAGCACGCUGCCUUGUUGGACUGCAAGGGACACUGGGUGACAGGUGAAUGCUACUGCCAGGCUCUGGUCUCUGGCCUGAGUCUUGUCUUUUUCUUUUUUUCUCCUUUUUCUUUUUUUUCUUUUUAGUUUUUCGAGACAGGGUUCCUCUGUGUAGCCCUGGCUGUCCUGGAACUCACUUUGUAGACCAGGCUGACCUCGAACCCAGAAAUCCUCCUGCCUCUGCCUCCCAAGGGCUGGGAUUAAAGGCGUGCGCCACCACCGCCCUGCUUUUUUUUUUCUUUUUCUUCUCUCUCUCUCUUUCUCUCCCUCCCUCCCUCCCUGUCUCUCUGUGUCUGUGUCUGUCUCUGUCUCUGUCUCUCUCCCUCUUUCCCUGUGUACCAUAAACUCGCAGUAAUUCUCCUGCCUCAGCCUUCCUUGUACUACGAAGGAUUCAGUUGUUGAAGUCUCACUUUUAGACGACCCCAUGUCCAGCCUCAGUUUUGGGAUGUUUGUCCUGCACUCCCCCCACCUCUGUCUCUGCUGGAGACCUCCCUAGGGACACGUUGCCAUCGGGCUGUUUUUUCAUUCCCAAAAUGGAGCAGGAACUUUUGGGCCCGUUUCUUAUUAUAAAAGUGACGUCAGGGGAGAGGAGGAACAUCCCACACCAGUCCAAUAGGAGCGCCGGGGCAGGUACCAAACCCUAGCAAGAUCGAGUGUCUCCACAACCUCACGGGCUAGAUAGAUGACAGAUAGGGAAACUGAGGCCACACAGUGAGUACAAGGACUGGAACUCCAAGCUGGGGUGCAGGGUGUCAGAACACAUCUCUGUCAUUUCAGCUCCUCCGGAGGUUGAGGCAGGACUACUUUUUAGAGCUCCAGACCUGGCUGGGCCACUUCAUGGGGUCAGAAGCAGCUGCGGGACCACCAGUCGUCAGGCAGUCAAAGGCUGCCUCAAAGAAAGGGUGCACCUGGGAGACAGGGCCAGCCCAACGUCAAGGCCACCUGCGUCUGAUGGGGUGCUAACCCCCUCGCCAUGUCAGGCUCAGGAGCCAUGUGGCCCAAUGGCACCUCGCUGGGGGCCUGCUUCCGCCCGGUGAACAUUACCCUGCAGGAGCGGCGUGCCAUCGCGUCGCCUUGGUUUGCUGUGUCCUUCUGCGCGCUGGGCCUGGGGUCCAACCUGCUGGCGCUGAGUGUGCUAGCCGGGGCGCGGCCCGGCGCGGGACCCCGUUCCUCCUUCCUCGCUCUGCUGUGCGGCCUCGUUCUCACCGACUUCCUGGGGCUGCUAGUCACCGGCGCUGUUGUGGCGUCGCAGCACGCCACCUUGUUGGACUGGCGAGUCACUGACCCCGGCUGCCGCCUGUGCCACUUCAUGGGCGUGGCCAUGGUGUUCUUCGGGCUGUGUCCCCUGCUCCUGGGGGCCACCAUGGCCGCCGAGCGCUUCGUGGGCAUCACACGGCCCUUCUCACGACCUGCGGCUACGUCGCAACGCUCCUGGACCACCGUGGGCCUGGUGUGGGUGGUGGCCGGGGCGCUCGGGCUGCUGCCACUGCUGGGGCUUGGCCGCUACAGUGUGCAGUACCCCGGCUCCUGGUGCUUCCUGACGCUCGGGGCGCAGCGCGGUGACGUGGCCUUCGGGCUCAUGUUCGCGCUUCUAGGCAGCGCGUCCGUGGGGCUAUCUCUCUUGCUCAACACCGUGAGCGUGGCCACGCUCUGCCGCGUCUACCACACGCGGGAGGCCACGCAGCGCCCGCGGGACUGUGAGGUGGAGAUGAUGGUUCAGCUCGUGGGCAUCAUGGUGGUGGCCACCGUGUGCUGGAUGCCCUUGCUGGUCUUUAUCAUUCAGACCUUGCUGCAGAUGCCGCCUGUCAUGAGUCCCUCCGGGCAGCUGUCACGGGCCACCGAGCAUCAGCUGCUAAUCUACCUUCGUGUGGCCACGUGGAACCAGAUCUUGGACCCCUGGGUCUACAUCCUCUUUCGCCGGUCCGUGCUUCGCCGCCUGCAUCCACGGCUCAGUUCACGGCUCCCGGCUGUGUCCUUACGCCCGCCCCCAGCCCAGGCCAUGCUCAGUGGACCCUGAAGGAUGAUGCCACUUAAACCUGGGGUCCUUGGUGACUGCUGUUGACCUGUGCCCUGUCCCAGGAGCCUGGGUGCUUGGUGGACUAAGGAUGGAGCUACAACAGGGGGCUGACUCCUGUGAACUGCAAAGAUAGCUCUCAAUGCUAGGGAAGUCCUCCCUGGCCCUCUCCCCAUUCCCUGUCAGCUAGGAGGCUGGGGGCACUUGUGGGAGGCCCCUAGCAGGAAUCAAGGAUUCCACAGGGAGAACCUGGGGUGCUGGAGGAGUCGCCUACCUUGCUAAUGUCUGAGACACGGGGCUUCUCACAUUCCUCCAGGUUCAAGAUGUUGAGUGUUCAAAUGCAAGAAAUAAAUAAAAAUUUGGCUCAUUUAAAAAAAAAAAGAUGUUGAGUGUUGG